AUGGCACUGAGGGCAAAGGCAGAGGUGUGCAUGGCAGUGCCCUGGCUGGCCCCGUGAAGGGCACAGGCACUGGGCACCAGAGCCACCUGGGUCCCCAGGACAGUGCUGCCCUUUGAAGCCAUGCCCCGGUGUCCAGGCAACUGGUGGCUGAGGCUGCUGCAGAUCUGGAGGGAGCAGGGUUAUGAGCACCUGCACCUGGAGGUGCACCAGACCUUCCAGGAACUGGGGCCCAUUUUCAGGUACCACUUGGGAGGAGCAGGCAUGGUGUGUGUGAUGCUGCCGGAGGACGUGGAGAAGCUACAGCAGGUGGACAGCCUGCAUCCCCACAGGAUGAGCCUGGAGCCCUGGGUGGCCUAUAGACAACAUUGUGGGCACAAAUGUGGCGUGUUCUUGCUGAAUGGGCCUGAAUGGCGCUUCAAUCGAUUGCGGCUGAACCCAGAUGUGCUGUUGCCCAAGGCCGUGCAGAGGUUCCUCCCGAUGGUGGAUGCAGUGGCCAGGGACUUCUCCCAGGCCCUGAGGAAGAAGGUGCUGCAGAACGCCCGGGGCAGCCUGACCCUGGACGUCCAGCCCAGCAUCUUCCACUACACCAUAGAAGCCAGCAACUUAGCUCUUUUUGGAGAGCGGCUGGGCCUGGUUGGCCACAGCCCCAGCUCUGCCAGCCUGAACUUCCUCCAUGCCCUGGAGGUCAUGUUCAAAUCCACCGUCCAGCUCAUGUUCAUGCCCAGGAGCCUGUCUCGCUGGACCAGCCCCAAGGUGUGGAAGGAGCACUUUGAGGCCUGGGACUGCAUCUUCCAGUACGGUGACAACUGUAUCCAGAAAAUCUAUCAGGAACUGGCCUUCAGCCGCCCUCAGCAGUACACCAGCAUCGUGGCAGAACUCCUGUUGAAUGGGGAACUGUCGCCAGAUGCCAUCAAGGCCAACUCUAUGGAACUCACUGCAGGGAGCGUGGACACGGUCAGGCCGGCAACCAGGAUGCACAGCAAGAGGCAAGUGCGGCCCCAGGGCUCAGUGUGUGACCAGGACCAGGGCUCAGUGUGUGACCAGGACCAGGGCUCAGUGUGUGACAGGGACCAGGGCUCAGCGUGUGACCGGGACCAAGGCUCAGUGUGUGACCAAGACCGGGGCUCAGCUCUGGACCAGCCCAUCCAAGGCUCUCAGGCCCCACACGUGCACCCUACGGGUGGGUGCUUUCAGCCUGACGCACCGGAGUCUUCCGACAGCAUGGCCAAGCAGCGUCAGAGUUUUCGUGGUGCUGAUGACAAUGCACAGCCUUGGCCCCCGAGUCACCCCAGCGGAUGCAAAGCAGAGGGCUCCAGCUGCCACGACACUGUACGGCGCAGGGGAACGGAGAGGGCUCGAAAGCCCCUCAAUGGGCAGGCUUCUCCCUUGGGCCAGUCCCCCACGGCCCCUCUCAGCCUGAGCCCCCUUUGCCGCGGGCCCAGGUCCAGGGGCCCAGGGUUUUGCUUUUCCUCGGGGGGCUGCACCAGCCUCCCUGCGCACGGCCAUGUCACACUCCUCCGUUAG